UUUAGGCUACACACUGUAGAGUUAAGCAUUUGUUGGUACUAGUGCUGGCUGCACGUGACCAUACCGAAAUACCAAACCGAUCUGCAAAGACAUGAGAACGUCUGUGUUGUUGAAAAACAUCGCAAAAUUUAGGAAUGUUUUUGAUUUUGGCGACCGAAAUGUCGUGAGUUGGUUCCCUGGUCACAUGGCGAAAGGAUUAAGACAGAUGAAAGCCUCGCUGAGAAACGUUGACUGUGUCAUUGAAAUUCAUGAUGCCCGAAUUCCUCUUUCUGGUCGCAAUCCUAUGUUAAAAGAAAGUUUAGACAUUAAGCCACAUCUUUUAAUUUUGAAUAAAAUGGACUUGGCAGAUCUAUCACAUAAACAGAGAAUUCUAAAAGAACUGAACAACCAAGGUAUAAACAAUAUCCUUUUCACAGACAGCUUUAAACAGCAUGAUGCAAGUAUAAAAAAGGUAGUUCCUGCUGUAAUAAAUCUUAUUGAAAACAGUUAUCGAUAUCAAAGAGAAGAGAAUAUGGAAUACUGUCUAAUGGUUGUAGGUAUCCCAAAUGUUGGAAAGUCUUCCAUGAUAAAUGCCAUUAGAAGAGUACACUUGAAAAAAGGGAAAGCUUCCAGAGUUGGAGGACAACCAGGCAUAACAAGAGCAGUCUUGUCCAAAAUUCAGGUGAGUGAGAGGCCACCUCUAUAUUUAUUGGACACUCCUGGCGUUCUUCCUCCCAAGAUAGAAAGUUUAGAACAUGGAAUGAAGUUAGCUUUGUGUGGAACUAUUUUAGAUCAUUUAGUUGGUGAAGAUGUAAUAGCCGAUUAUCUCCUUUUCAUGUUGAAUCGUCUUGAAAACUUUAGUUAUGUUGAAAAAUAUAAAUUAACAGAACCCUGUGAUAAAAUUCAGGAAGUCCUAAAAAAGGUAGCUAUUAUGCAUGGAAAAUUCCAAAAAGUGAAAGCCAUUACUGGAGUUGGAAAUAUUACAAUCACUGUACCAAAUUAUAAUGCUGCAGCUGCUGAUUUUGUCAGAGCCUUUAGAAAAGGAGAUCUUGGAAAAGUGAUAUUGGACUGAAGAGUAAAGGCUACUCAGUAUUGUCCCAUGGACAGAAGUAGGUUAUAACUUCAGACUUUAUUGUAAAUAUUUUUACAAAUCGGAUUCAAAUGUUAUGUAAAUUAUUGUUAGUUCAGUAUUUGUUAAAAUGUAAAUUUGCAUAUGUGAACAUUUUGAAUUGUAAAAUAUGUACCUUACUGACACUGUGAAAUUUGGCUGGAAAAAUGAAUUGUGUACAUCAUGUAUUGCUUUCAGUUUAAAUAAAGCACAGUAUUUCUAAAAAAACAAAAUUGUAUUAACAGCUUUUAAUGUGUUCUGAUGUUUACUGCAUACAUUAAGAAAACAUACAUUUUAGUAUAUGUGCCUUAAAAUUGUAAUAGUUUUGGGAAAAAGCAGAGUUUUCCUAAUAAAUGAAUGGAGACUCGGUUGUUUUUCCUAUUUCUUAUGUAAAUGCAUCAAAACAUUCUUAAACUUGCUUAAUUUAAUUUAGGGUCAUGGAAAACUGGAGUCUGUCCCGGCAACACUGGGUACAAGGUAGGAAACAGACCUGGAUAGGAUGCCAGUCAAGCUGUCAUACACACACACUGCCAUAAUCACAUUUGGACAAUUUAGAAUUAAUAGUUAACCUAAAGUGCAUGUCUUUGCGGAUGUGGGAGGGGAAGCCAGACUACCCAGAGGAAAACUUGUGCAUACAAAGGGAGAAAAUGAUAACGCCCAACACACAACCACCAGGAGCAGGAUUCCAACUGAGGUCAUUGGAUCUGUGAGGUUGCAGUGCUUACCACUUUGGAAAGAAAUUUUUGU